AUGCACCGAUUCUCAGGUAAAACGGAGCGGAUGUGGCUGUUGCCGGUGAUCGCCUUGUCUUUUCUCGCCGCCGCCACCGUCCACGGUUUUUCUUUUGUUGUUAAUAGUUAUACUCUCGGUAUUGGCUGAAAAAAGCACAUUUAAAACUAAAUUAAAGGCAUAGGGGCAGUAAAAAAAAUGGGGUUUUAGGUAAAAGCAGUAUCUUAUAUAGUUUUUCUUUGCGAAUCGAAUGGUGUACUCAAAACAAUUAAAGAUGUGAAAACUUUAGAAGAAAAACGCGAUUUUACUUUCCCGCCAUUAAUUUUGAAAAAUACUUUGGAUACAAAAUGCUUGUAUGCAGACAACUGUUUACAGUAGCUGUGCACGCAAUGUUGCGGACGUCUCAUUAGACUCGCAUUUUGUGAGAAAUAACCGGAUUUCUGCUUCAAAUCAAGGGUUUCUACUAUAAACAAUUGAUUUAAAAAACAGAAAUCACACAUUGAUAAUAAAGAAAACACAAAAUAUCGCUGUCCCAAUCGAAACCUGUGUAAAAUCAUCAUUUUUUACCAGAGAAGCAUUUUUGGCGAUCAAAGUUUGCAAAUUAUUCAUGAAUAGAAAGCUUUUGUGACGAAAAGAACUUUGGUGACAACAGAAAAAAUUGAAAAUUGAAAGAAACGAAGAAAAAAGCGAAAAUCCGGAAGUUGGCCAAGCUUGUUGUCCGUAGAGCAACUUUACUGCAAAGCGCCCUUUUGGCGGGAACUCAAGCUUUCCUUUCUCCGACUUUGAAUUAUUUUUUCUCCAAAACUAGGAACUUCUGUACAUUUCCAAGUUCACCGUUCGAUUCGUAAUGAAAAACUCUACAAAUUACUGCUUUGAACUGAAACACCGUUUUUUACUGCCCCUAUGCCUUUAAUAAUUUUCGAGUUAUUCCUUUUUGUUUAGCCGAUGAGGAUGUUUUUCUGGUGAGGAUUCCCGUUGACUUCAGCGAAGAUUCACAAUUUAAUGACGAGUUGUCCUCCGGUCAGUUUUUAUUUCAAUUUUCUAACGGUUUCUUCUAGUCAGCUUUGUCUUGAAUGAAUGACAGAUCUUCUCAGGAUCACUGCAAAAAAAGGCGAUUCCGUUCUCAGGGGGAAUGUACGGAAAACGCUCAUUGGUGCCCUUCUCCGGAGGUAGGCUUCAGAAAUGUUGUAAAAAAAAACAGUUCUAAAAGAUUUAAUAGAGAAGAUAAAAAAUACGCACUUUUGAUUUUUGUAUGUUAAAUUAUUCUUUGCUGCGAUGAAAUUUAAGUCCGCUGAUUCCAAAAAGCGAAAAAAUUUCUCGAAUUGUCUUGGAGUCGAGUGACUAAGUCUGUGAGCUGUGUCACACUGUGUCAAAAAUGUCUUUUUUUUUUUUGAAAAGUCAUUAUCAACUUGAGAAGAUCAAACAGAGAGUUUAUAAUUUGUCGUUUUAAAAGUUGUUUGCCAAAAAGUUUUUCUCCUGGAAACCUCUCCAUAUCCGUUUUUCAAUAUCUGAAUAAAACUUUCAACUCCCAGAAAGAGAUGAAUUUCCGUCCUUGAAACAGAUCAAAACAGCAGCUUCUAUAGUCGGUGUGCCACGACUUGAAAUUUAACGGAACGACAUUCCGCUGUGCCGCUGCGCGCCUUUGCGAAACUUGGUCGCGCAUUUUAUUUUAUAUUUUUUUUCCUUUAUAUAGGCACCCUACUUUCAUGUGCUCCCACAGCAAUAACAAUCAAUUGAAAUCGUGACCUAGAUUCGAAAGACGCUUCGCGAACGCACUCAGCGGAACAGUGGAAUGUCGUUCCAUGAAAUUUCAAGUCGUGGCACACAGACUAUAGAGCACCUCGAAAUAAAUACUCCAGCUGAGUUUGUUUGUCAGGAAUGUACGGGAAGCGGUCACAAGAAGGCUUUUUCGCGCAAAGACGAGCUGUACUGCCUUUUUCGGGCGGCAUGUACGGCAAAAGAUCGGCACCGCCUCUCAACGACGACGACGACGCUCGCGGCAGCAAACGCGCCGUUCGACCGUUUUCCGGAGGUCAAAACUCAUUCUCUCUUUCUUUUGAGGCCAAGAAAUUGCUUACUUUUUCGUACAUCUUCAUGAUCAACUUUUUUAUAGGUUAUUUAUUGUAUGAUCUGCCAACGUUUUGUGAGGAACAUUUGAGCUUUUAAGUUUUUUUCAGAACACAAAUUUGAUCAAUGCGAAGCAAAAUAAUCAACUUUUCUGUUCAACUUAUUCUAUAUCAUUAUCAUCACUAGCCUGAGAAAACAUUUCUGAUCAGUUCUAUUCUCAGGUUAAGUCCAGAAGAAUGUCAUGCAAAAAUUCAGCGGAACGCGAUGUUAAAAAUUAUUUUUUUGCAAGUUUUUUGUAUAAACUUCGCACCAUAUAGGCACUGAAAAAAAUUUAGAGAGUUUAUCUGGAACUUUUUUUUUCAGCGGAAAGCUCUUAACAGCAAAUAUUUCACUGCCAUUUUCGAAAAGAGUAUACUUCUUUGAAAAAAAGUUUCAAACAAAUGAGACAAAAAAAAGUUCUGCAGGAAUCUACGGCAAGAGGUCGACCGGCCUUCGAUUUGUACGUUCGAUGCCUUUCUCCGGUGGAAUCUACGGUCGCUGA